UUUUGACGUUUAACGUCCAGUGACAUUCAAAAGUAAGGUUAAGUUAACCUCAUUUUAAGCAAAAUUAUCGAAAAUGACCGAAAAACAAGAACUUUUAAAUGGAAAUUUAACGAAAAAAUCGAACAGCCGAUCGGGUUUAAUGAAAAUUUCGAGUUAUAUCUUAGCGUUAAGACCAUGGUCGUGGAGUGGAAGUUUAAUGCCAACCCUUCUUGGGUCAACCCUCGCCUACAAAAAUCUCAACGACACCACCGACGGUACCGAUUUUAAUUACAUAACGUUACUUUUAACGUUAUUCACCGUCGUUUGUGUUCAUGGAGCCGGAAACCUCGUCAAUACCUAUUUCGAUUUCAUAAAAGGAAUUGAUACCCGAAAAUCCGACGAUAGAAUUCUAGUCGAUCAUAUUUUAACUAAAGACGAAGUCGUUUCACUUGGAGCGUUACUUUAUUUUUUCGGCUGCAUUGGUUUUAUUCUUUUAGCCGCUUUAUCACCUGCCAAAAUGGAACAUCUCGCUUUAGUUUAUUUCGGCGGUUUAUCAUCAAGUUUUCUUUACACCGGUGGAAUUGGACUGAAAUAUAUCGCAUUAGGAGAUGUAAUUGUGCUAACAAUUUUUGGACCUGUAGCUGUAUUAUUCGCUUUUAUGUCACAAACUGGUCGUUUGGAAUGGGCAACUAUAUAUUAUGCCAUUCCUUUAGCUUUAAACACUGAAGCUAUCUUACAUAGUAAUAAUACCAGGGAUUCUGAGCAUGAUAAACGCGCGGGGAUUGUUACUUUAGCUAUUUUAAUCGGCCACACGGCUUCUCACGUUUUAUAUGCGUUUUUAUUGUUUAUUCCUUACAUUAUGUUCGUUGUUGCGUCAAUGAAAUACUCAAAAUGGUUCGUUUUACCGUUAGUUACGUUACCGAAUGCUUUUAAAAUUGAAAAGCAGUUUCGCUCGAACGAUAUUGAUUUUGUACCGAGACGAACUGCUAAAUUAAAUUUGUAUUUUGGGUUGUUGUUUGUUAUAGCGUGUUGUUUUAUCGAGGAUUUACCGUUUAUUAGUAAAAGAUAGGUUCUUUUUAAGUUUUUUUUGAUAUUUAUAUUUAUUUUUUUCUAUGUUUCUAAUUAUAUUAAAAGAGAGGCUUUAAAACAGAUUUCUUUUCGUUUAAUACUUCCAGUUUAUGACAAUAAUGAUUGAUUAAAAAGAAACAGAAAUAAAUUAAAAUUAGAUUAGACUGUAUUUAAACAAAUAAGUGGUUGUAUUGUAUAAUAGAUCGGUUUAAAAUAAUAAAAUAACUAACAAUUUUAA